AUGGUUUCGCCCGUGCGAGGGAAGGUAGGAGUACACGGGGUCAGUACCAGCGGUCAGUCUUCCCUAAUUGCUACCCUGGCCCCGAGGCAAAGUGGAGAUCGCAAGCGAUAAACCGUCUUUUUCAGCCGAGUACUUGGUGUUGGCGGUGAGAAAGCUAAGGUAAUGAACAGACUUCAGACAGUUGCUAAAGAUCAUGAAAAGAUGAGGAAAGAUAUAAUCUCAAAUGAAGCCAUCACAUACAGUGUAGAUGAGAGAACAGUGUGUGUCUCUGGACUACAAGCACAAGAUUCUGAGCUCUGCUGGCUGUACUUUGAUAACGAAAGACAAAGCAACGGGGGAGAGAUAGAGGAAAAUGGGGUCAGCUGGGAUCCAGAGGCAGAACACUUCUUAAUCACCUUUGUUGAAAGACAUGCUGCAGAGAGGGUGCUAUCAAAAAUACGACAUACAGUAGGGGGAAAAAGAGUAGAGGUCAAGCCAUGGCUGCCAGCCCCUUGUUACACUGAUGCAGUCUUGAUCACUGGCAUCCCAGCAGGAACAUCAGUUAAUGAUCUUACAGACUUCCUGGAGAAUGUUGUAGAUGUGGCAGUGGACAGCAUACAGUUGAAUGAAACUGAGAACAAAGCAUUUGUCAUUCUGAGUGAUUCCCAAGUUGAUUUGAAACAUCUGCAGUAUGCUUGCAAAAUGAAUCCUUUGGAUGAGGACAGCGUGCUGUCAGUGAAAAGUGUUCCACUGUCUCACACAGUCGUGGUGAAAAACCUGAACCCUAUGACACAGGAAAGCACAAUUUUCUACUUCUUUAGCAACAAAAGCAGGAACAGUGGUGGUCCUGUGUCUGAAGUCAUACGACUGGAUGACACUUGUGCACUUGUCCACUUUGAAAAUGAACAAGAUGCUCGGGCAGUAGUGGAGAAAGGAUCUCACAUUUUAGAUGAAUACAGUUUGGAAGUCUCUGUACUCCAAAAGGGAUUCUCAUCUGCCAGCAGAGAAUCAGUCUUUGUGAAAACAAAAGUAAUUCAAGUGGAGGGUCAUAUUCCAUCUUCUGCUUACAAGGAUACCAUUAAUGAUGGACCCUUAAUAGACAGGAAACAGAAGUUCUUAGAGAAGGUGGCUGAUAUCAUGCUGGACACGCCAGCAAUAAACGAGGCUGCAUCCAAAGCACUCAGCAUCUUUGGUGAUAGAUUGCUCAAUGCCCAGCCAGUGGGAGGGAAAAAACAUGCCACAGAUAACUUUUUGCUGGAGGUCACAGUCCAACUGGCUUUUGUUUCACCAGAUAAAAGGCCACUUUCUUUGGAAGGAAGAGAAGGGAAAGAAGGAUCUAAGGGCUAUUCGAUGUCUGCAUCUGCAGCUUCUUCGACACCUGUUACUCUUCAAUACAAACAAGGUCAUUGGGACAGUCCAGAAGGAGCAGUUUGCUUGGAGUCAGAUGAAGCGCAUCAGAGCUACAGCAAUUCGGAUCUCGCUCAGCAAAUAUCUCAAGUAACAUCAAACUUUGUUCAGAAGCAAAGAAUAGAUGAACAUACAUUUAAAAAAGUUCACAGUGAACGGACGUCCAAUCCAAAAUCUUCUGGUGUGCCACUUAGGAACCCUUCAACUUUCCAAUCACCUAGUUACCACCAAACUCAGUCUUUUAUCAAAUCACCCAUAGCAUGCAAAGGAAGAAUGCGUUCAACUGAUCCAAGACAGCUAAAUGGGGAAUUAUGUGCUCAGAAAGAGAUGAUCCAACAGAUCACAAUUCACUUAGGUGUGGAUGUCGUUGACAAAAUCACUAAAGACAAGCAAAAACUUCGACGUCUAGUUAUAGAUUUGAGAGAUGUUUGUGGCAGAUUUAAGUGGCAACUGCCUAACUCUAUAGUAAUUACUGCCACUAAGACUGAUGUCCCUGAAGAUUGGAAAGAACGGGUGAAAAUGUUAAUAAUGAGGAAAAAACAAGAAGCUUAUUUGUAAGGGUUAACAAAGAUUUUCUAGAAAUUAAUGAGAGGAGGGACUCUCAGGAAACUUCUCUGACAAAGAUUUUCAGAAAAAAGUUUUUUUGAGAACAAAUUCAAGUCUCUAAAACAAAGACUAACUUAAAAAGCUUUGAGUCAGAACCACAAAAGUAAAAGAUAUCAUACGCUUUCUCCUCAGCACUGACUUUAUCAUAUUUUAUUUACUGACCAUACUGCUUCAACAUUUGCAUUUAAAAAAUGAAACCAUGACUAACUAAAUGAUGGUAAACAUCAUUUUAGUGAAAAGUAUUUAUUUCUUAUGGAAAAAUGUAUUUUUGCAAACUAAGAAAGUGUUUGUUCAUUUUAAACAUGAAAAAACUAAAUAUUGCUUGCUAUUGUGGAACAGGUGCCAGGUCUAUGCUUUUCAUGAGUGUAUUAACAAGGUUGAACUCAUUUGCCACCACCAAAAAAAAAAAAAAAAAAGAGUAGAUUGGACAGCUGUCUAGUACAAAUCUACCACAUAACAGUAACAGUAAAAAUGUAGGAAAAUGUU